AUAUAAACCUCCUCUCUUCUCUAUAGCUAACCCUUACACUCCUCCGUUUUCGUCUCACCCUCUCUCUCGAGCGCAACCACCAGCUAGCAAGCCAGUCCGGCCACAUCUUUCGCUAGAUUUGGCUAGGUCUGUUUCGCGCUCUCUCUCUCUCUAGAUAUCUCCCCUGUCUCCGACUUCAAUCAAGAAUUUGUAGAAAAUGGCCGAUGCCGAGGAUAUUCAACCCCUGGUCUGUGACAAUGGAACUGGAAUGGUGAAGGCUGGGUUUGCUGGUGAUGAUGCACCCAGGGCAGUGUUUCCCAGUAUUGUGGGAAGACCAAGACACACUGGUGUCAUGGUUGGAAUGGGCCAGAAGGAUGCCUAUGUUGGUGAUGAAGCACAAUCUAAAAGAGGUAUCUUGACCUUGAAAUACCCUAUUGAGCACGGUAUUGUAAGCAACUGGGAUGAUAUGGAGAAGAUUUGGCAUCACACUUUCUACAAUGAGCUUCGUGUCGCUCCUGAAGAGCACCCUGUCCUCCUGACUGAGGCUCCCCUCAACCCUAAGGCUAACAGAGAGAAGAUGACUCAAAUUAUGUUUGAGACCUUCAAUGUUCCUGCAAUGUAUGUUGCCAUCCAGGCUGUCCUCUCCCUGUAUGCCAGUGGUCGCACAACUGGUAUUGUGUUGGAUUCUGGUGAUGGUGUGAGUCACACUGUGCCAAUCUAUGAAGGUUAUGCCCUUCCACACGCCAUCCUUCGUUUGGAUCUUGCUGGUCGUGACCUUACCGAUGCUUUGAUGAAGAUUCUGACUGAGAGAGGUUACAUGUUCACCACCACUGCUGAACGGGAAAUUGUCCGUGAUAUGAAGGAGAAACUUGCAUAUGUUGCCCUUGACUACGAGCAGGAGCUUGAGACUGCCAAGAGCAGCUCCUCUGUCGAGAAGAACUACGAGCUUCCUGAUGGUCAGGUCAUUACCAUUGGAGCUGAGAGGUUCCGUUGCCCAGAAGUCCUCUUCCAGCCUUCUCUCAUCGGAAUGGAAGCUGCUGGCAUCCACGAGACUACAUACAACUCAAUCAUGAAGUGUGAUGUGGAUAUUAGAAAGGAUCUGUAUGGUAACAUUGUGCUCAGUGGUGGUUCCACCAUGUUCCCUGGUAUUGCUGACCGAAUGAGCAAGGAGAUCACUGCUCUUGCCCCAAGCAGCAUGAAGAUCAAGGUGGUUGCACCACCAGAGAGAAAGUACAGUGUCUGGAUUGGAGGAUCUAUCCUUGCUUCCCUCAGCACCUUCCAGCAGAUGUGGAUUUCCAAGGGUGAGUAUGAUGAGUCUGGCCCAUCCAUUGUCCACAGGAAGUGCUUCUAAGUUCUACAGGUGCUUUGAUGGUGAGUUCUUUUUCCUAUUUAGUUGGCUUUUUUCGUGUCAAGGUGUCAUGAACUCAAAAGUCCUGGUUGAUAUGGAGAGUUUGUUGAGGUGGGGAUCACUGAAGGAGAAGGGAACGUUCUGAUCUUCGAUGUAUUGAAUAGGCUUGUGAUUCAAUGUUGACAUUGCUGCCAUUUGUGAAGCUUAAACUGUAAUGGUCCUCCCUCUGGAUGUGGUGGGCAGACACUUUGGUAAUCAAGUUCUUUGCUUCCCUCACAUCAUCACCAAUGGUUCAACCUUGUGUCUUUUUUUAGUAGGAUGCUUGUAGUCGGAGAGUGAUUGUGAUGAUGCUUUUCUAUUUUUUUUUUCCAUCUCGACAUUUGAAGGGUUUAUUUUUUUUCCUGGGAACAUUAAUGUUAAUAGUUAUUGUAUGAGAAAUUUUAUGUUAGUGUCAAUUUGCUUUCAUAAACCCUAUGGAAAUCAUAUUUAAUACUUUUGUUUGAACUUUGAA